AUGUACGUGGGUAGGAAAACGGAGGAUGAGAGGAAGUUAGAAGGACUACCAGUGGAAAGUAGUCCGUACACACAGUACAAGGACGUGGAGGAUUACAACAGACAGGGAUAUGGGGCGGAGGGCCACUUACAACCCCAGCCUGGCCGCGGCGCCGCCAGCUCCACCGAUGCCCCCACCCUCUCAGGUGGCGCUGCCUCUACGCAGGCUCAGCUUUCCUCCGCCGGUGUUAUCAACUGCCUUGGAGUCCCUUAG